AUGUUUCCACAUGGUGGCUUCAUAAUGACUGUGAUUGAAGCCCUGUUGUACAUGAGGAUCAUACUCCCGAUAAUCUGGCUUGGAGUGUUUCUAUCCUCUUCUGGACACACCUGGGCUGAGAACUCCCAAUAUCACAGUCCCCCAGAAGUGGUGAUUCCCUUGAAGCUACCUGGAACUGGCAGAGGCAUGAAACCUCCAGACAGGCUCUCUUAUAGCCUGCAUUUUGGGGGCAAGAAACAUGUUGUCCACAUGAGGGUCAAGAAGCAUUUGCUGUCUAGACACCUCCCAGUGUUCACCUACACAGACCAGGGUGCUCUCCUUGAAGACCAGCCUUUUGUUCAGAAUGACUGCCACUAUCAUGGUUAUGUGGAAGGGGACUUGGAAUCCCUGGUUGCCCUCAGUACCUGUUUUGGUGGCUUUCAAGGAUUGUUACAGAUAAAUAACAUUGUUUAUGAAAUUAAGCCCAGGGAUUUUUCUCCCAAAUUUGAACAUCUGGUAUAUAAGAUGGACAGUGAGGAGACCCAAUUCCCAACCAUGGAAUCUGAUUUCAUGCAAGAGGAUAUUGUACGCCAAUUGGAGUUUAAAGCGACUCAUAAUUAUACUCUGAGGCAGAGUUCUUAUGAGGGAUGGUGGAUCCAUCACUUCCUUGUUGAAAUGGCAGUGGUGGUGGACCAUAGUCUCUAUCUUCAUGUUGAAAAGAAUGUCUCAAAGUUGCAGGAAAAUCUAUAUAUUAUUGUAAAUAUAGUGGAUUCCAUUUAUGAGGUAAUGGGUCUUAAGUUGUUGUUAUUUGGUAUGGAGGUCUGGACUGAAAAAAACUACGUUGAAGUAGAUGAUGUAAAGAGAUCUCUGAAACUGUUUUGCUAUUGGAAGGCUGACAAUCUUACUCCCCGCCUGUCACAUGAUACUGUACAUCUUUUUAUACAUAAGACAUUAAGAGGAUUAAGUGGUUUGGGCUUCACUGAAGGACUGUGUAAAUUGCGCUUGAGUUGUGCAGUUGUUACCUGGGUAAACAAAACCUUGUCCAUUAUUGGAAUUGCAACGGCUCAUCAUGUAGGUCACAAUUUGGGUAUGAGUCAUGAUCUUGAUACGUGUAAGUGUGCACAUUCUAAAUGUAUAAUGCGUUAUGAUAAUCCACCAAUAACUAAAUUUAGCAACUGUAGUUAUUCUUAUUUUUGGGGAUAUUCUAUAAACCGGGCAAAAUGUUUGCUCUACACUGUGCACACAAAAGAUAUCUUUCCACUAAAGCGCUGUGGGAAUGGUAUUGUUGAAGAAAAAGAGGAGUGUGACUGUGGAACUUUACAGCAUUGUUCAAAAGACCCCUGUUGUCUGUUAAACUGCACUCUGAGUUUUGGGUCUACUUGUAGUUUUGGGCUUUGUUGCAAGGACUGCAAGUUUUUACCAUCAGGGAGAGUAUGUAGAAAGCAGGUCAAUGAAUGUGAUCUUCCAGAGUGGUGUAAUGGAACAUCCCAUAUGUGUCCAGAUGAUGUAUAUGUGGAGGAUGGAAUUCCCUGUAAUAGCAGUGCCUACUGCUAUGAAAAGAGCUGUAAUAAUCGUGAUGAACAGUGUAGGCAGAUUUUUGGCCAAGAGGCAAAGAGUGCAAAUCACAGUUGUUACAAGCAAGUGAACACUAAAGGUGACCGUUUUGGUAACUGUGGUUUCAAUGAAUCUUCAUAUGUAAAAUGUAAUAUUUCGGAUAGCCUGUGUGGGAGAGUUCAGUGUGAGAACGUAAGAAAAAUUCCCCUUUUGAGUGAUCAUUCUACUGUGCAUUGGGCUCAUAUCAAUGGCAUCACCUGCUGGGGUACAGACUACCAUUUUGGGAUGACCACACCUGACAUUGGCGAAGUGAAAGAUGGCACUGAGUGCGGCCCAGAACAUGUCUGCAUCCACAGGAAGUGCGUCCAUUUAUCUCACUUGGAUAGUGAUUGUUCACCUAAGUUCUGUAACAUGAGGGGGAUCUGUAACAAUAAACAUCACUGCCAUUGCAACUAUUUGUGGGACCCUCCCAACUGCCUACUAAGAGGCAGUGGCGGUAGUAUCGAUAGUGGCCCACCCCCUAGGAGAGAGAAGAUUAAGAAGAUUUACGUGUUAGCAUUUUUCCUUAUUUGGUUGCUUGUUUUAUUAUGCUGUCUUCUUUUGCUUUGUAAGAAGAAAAAACCUAAGAAAAAAGAGCAAAAAGUUCAGGCUCAACCUAAAAAAGAAGCAAAUGUUGAGGCGCUACGAUCAAAAGAAAAACAAAAAAUUGAGAUUCAACAUGGAAAAAAUAUUCAAAAUGUUCCGACUCAACCUGCAAAAGAAGGUCAAAAAUUUCAGAGUCAAUCUAGAACGUCAAUAUCUCAGAGUCAACGUGGGAAACGAAACCAAUCAAUACGAAAAGGUGUAUCCAAAUAG